AAGACCGCUUCAUUUGGGAAAACUCAUUUGGCUUCUUCGUUGCACCGUCUCAUCAACGAACACGAAGAAAUAUCUUCUGGAGAGGAUCACCGGAACUCUCUCCCGUUAUUUCGUCGACCGGCACGAUGAGCGCGACUUCUACUCCUACUCCUUCUCCUCCUCCUUCGGCGGAAGGGCCGCCAAAUGGUACGCGUCCGGCUCCUCCACCACCGAAAGGUCUUCCGCCAGGGGUUAUCGCUGUGCUUGUAGUAGGAAUAGCCUUGGGUGCAAUGAUGGUGCUGAUCGUCGUUGGUAUUUUUGUAAUUUACAGGAGGAAGCGGAAGCUUCCACAGAACAACCAUGACGGUCCUUUCUCACCUCAACCGCAAGAACCAAAAGUUGACGAUCAGCAAUGGCGACAGAAUGUUCCCCAACUCACAAUUCUGCCAACAAAUACCCCUCCCAAUCCAUCUUUGAAGAAUGUUCGUCCAUCUACUGAAUCUUCUUCAACUAGUGGUAGCUUGGGCUCAGAGAAACCGCUUCCCCCAUUAGGGUCACCUGGAAUGGUCCUAGGCUCUCCACAGAGUUCAUUUACUUAUGAAGAAUUGGCAUCAGCAACAAAUGGUUUCUCUGAUGCUAACCUCAUUGGUCAAGGAGGUUUUGGUUACGUUCAUAAGGGAGUGCUUCCAAAUGGGAAAGUAGUGGCAAUUAAGCAGCUUAAAGCUGGGAGUGGGCAGGGUGAGCGUGAGUUUCGUGCAGAAGUUGAGAUCAUUAGCCGUGUGCAUCACAGACAUCUUGUUUCACUGGUUGGUUACUGCAUCAUUGGGGAGAGGAGAAUGCUUGUGUAUGAGUUUGUUCCAAACAACACAUUGAAAUUUCAUUUGCAUGGAAAUGGGAGUGCAGUUAUGAGCUGGAGAAGCCGAAUGAGAAUUGCUUUGGGAGCAGCUAAAGGAUUGGCAUAUUUGCAUGAAGACUGUCACCCCAAGAUCAUACAUCGUGAUAUCAAAUCAGCUAAUAUUCUUCUCGAUGAAAGCUUUGAAGCAAAGGUUGCAGAUUUUGGACUGGCAAAGUUUUCUCUUGAUACUGACACUCAUGUUUCAACUCGAGUGAUGGGAACUUUUGGUUACUUAGCUCCAGAGUAUGCCUGUACUGGGAAGCUCACUGAUAAAUCAGAUGUCUUCUCCUUUGGGGUUGUGCUUUUAGAGAUGAUUACUGGACGUCGCCCUGUUAAUAGAACCAGAGAUGAAAGCGUGGUUGAUUGGGCAAGGCCUUUGCUCUCACAAUUUACGGAAACUGGUAACCUUGAAGCUCUUGUUGAUCCAAGUUUGGAGAAGAAUUAUGACUCCAGUGAAAUGACUCGAAUGAUUGCUUGUGCUGCUGCCUGUGUGCGCCAUUCAGCAAAGCUUCGUCCCCAAAUGAGCCAGAUAGUCCGGGCUUUGGAAGGUAAUUUGGCGCUGGAUAAUCUGAAUGAGGGAAUGAUCCCGGGAUAUAGCAUGACUUUUAGUUACCAUGAAGGCUCUGAUUACGGCUUUACUGAGUACUAUGAAGACGUGAAGAAAUUCAAGAAGAUGGCACUAGAAAACCAAACGCUGGGUAGCAAUGAAUGCAGCGGCCUGACCAAUGAGUCUGGUGUCAACCCACGUGUCUCCAGCACUGAAGGCCAACCAACUGCCAAAGAGAUUGAAUUGCUGAAAAGGAAGAAAGAAACCAAUGAUUCAGGUGAAGGCUCUUGAAGGUCAAUAUGAUUGAUUUCUUUCAAAACCAUCAUUCUUUACCAUCCAUCUCCAUGGAAACAGCCUCAGUCCGAGUGAAUAACCUUGUUAACUUACAUUGGUGAUUGAGUUGCAUUCUUCUCCUCAUGGAUUUUGUUUUCCAUGCCUUCUGAAAGUCUUUGCUGAAAGAUCCGGGGUUUGGGAGUUUGGAUGGAUUUUGAAAUUCUACUGUAGAUUUGUCAAUUUAAGGCUUUGUUCUCAUUUUUCCUUGUAUAUUUAUGGCCCAAUGAAAAUGUCCUGUAUAUAUUUUUAUGUAGUUAAACCAUGACACUGUUUAGUUCAUGGCCAGACCAGAAUCUUAGCGUCAGUGUGGUUCUACUCCUAACUUCUAUACAACAGCUUAGGAUAUGUUUGGUUUGAGGGUAAAGGAGGAGAGGAGAGAAAAUUUCACUAUUUAGUUACCCAAAAAAGUUGAAGGGGAGGUAAGUCAUUUAGUUUAGGGAUUAUUCCAUAUUCCAUGAUUUGUUUAUCUGGUCUUUCACUUUGUAAGUUUGUAUUUUUUGUCACUUAAGAAACAGAGCCAUGUUUAUAUAUAGAUAAUUACCCAUGUUGAAUUGAAAUUAAUUGGAGUCAAAUUU